AUGACGACUCCGUUUCCUCUCUUACGCCUCCCUAGACUUGCACUGAUUCCUGUUCUUCAACAAAUGGAGUCUAUUGAUCUAAUUGCGUUCUCACUUCUCUCCAAUAAAGCAAAGAACCUGGUGAAAAUGUUAUGCAAAAUAACUGCCGGUUCUAUCAGUAUGGUUGUUAGGAGUCGUUAUCCUCGUAUCACAAUUAAUUCAAUAGAUGACACACCAGUGGGGCUCAGUUUGUACACGGAGAGAGGGCCAGAUGUGGGCAACAAGAUGAUUCAAAACAAAACGAUUUCAUGUGAAAAGGGGUCUCUCACUGUCGCGAAAUUGGUUGAGCGAAUUGCUAGCGUUACUAGUUGUGAAUCGCUUGAAUUUGUGGUUUUAAGAGGACCUCUACAACUAGAAGUGUGCGAUACGCUAGCUCAACUGACAAAACUUUGGAGAUUGUACAUCAGCGAGGACUGUUCGGAUAGUUUUGCAAAGAAAGCUCUGGAAAUCGUAUCAAAAGUGACCACGGAGAUUUUGUUGGGCCGAAUUCCAUUUGAGAACAAAGAAGAGUUUCAGACAUUUCUGAAGAGCAAUUUGAACUAUUUGUGUAUUUACAGUUGUUUCUCGAGGUUCACUCUUGAUGACCUUCUAGUCACAAACGCGUUCAAAGUGACAUUGAGAGAAGUCAAGUUGAGUGUCACAGAUAUCAGUCAAUUUCUUACAAAUUGGUUUCACAGCAAAUGCAAUUCUCGACUAGAACAUCUGUCAUUGCUUGUAGACGAAGUUGUCAAUGAAAUGUGUCUUCCGAGAGUACUGAACGCUGUUCCAUUUCCAAGGAACCGAAAGAGAACGUUCUUUUAUUUAAAACAGCUAGGCACUUUAGCAGAAUCGUUUUCUGGAGGAUAUGAUAUCGUAAGAAAAGAUGGGAAGAAAGCCACAAUUCUAUUUUUACCCUGUCACGGACUGACAUCUAUCAAUUUUUACGUUUGGUCGUGA